AUGGCUUCCACUCCCCUCAACAUCCCGCUCGAGUCCAUGCUCCCCGCCCCAGCUCCCCUCCGCGUCCUCAUCCUCGGCUCCGGCGGUCGCGAACAUGCCAUCGCAAACCACUUCCUCCGCUCCAACCGCGUAGAGCACGUCUUCUGCGCUCCCGGCAACGGCGGCACCGCCACCCUCGGCCCGCGAUGCACCAACAUCGACUCGCCCAAGGCCACGGGCGACUUUAGCGAAAUCACCGCCUGGGCUGUCCAGAACGGCAUCAACCUCUGCUUCCCCGGCCCCGAACAGCCCCUUGUCGAUGGCGUCGAACUCGCUUUCCGCAAGGUCGGCAUCCCCGUCUUUGGCCCCUCGCCCGUCGCUGCACAGAUGGAGGGCUCCAAGACCUUCGCAAAGGCUUUCAUGGACAAGUACAACAUCCCCACCGCCGCCUUCCAGUCCUUCGACGCUUCCCAGGUCGACGAGUGCCUCGCCUACAUCCAGAAGCUCGGCGGCGCACAGCAGGUCGUCCUCAAGGCAUCCGGUCUCGCCGCAGGCAAGGGUGUACUCCUCCCCGAGUCCGACCAGGAGGCCCAGGAGGGUGUCCAGGACAUCCUUGUCAAGAAGGUCUUUGGCGAUGCCGGCUCCUCGCUCCUCAUCGAGCAGAGGCUCGUCGGUCCCGAGCUCUCUGUGCUCGCGUUCUGCGAUGGCUACACCGUCACCGCACUCCCAGGCUGCCAGGACCACAAGCGCAUCGGCGAGGGCGACACCGGCCCCAACACCGGCGGCAUGGGCGCCUACACUCCCGCCCCCGAGGGCCUCGUCGACGACCUCCCCGCGCGCAUCCGCAACGAGGUGCUCGUGCCUACCAUCGACGGCAUGCGCAACGAGGGCUUCCCCUUCGUCGGCAUGCUCUUUGUCGGCCUCAUGCUCACCGCCGACGGUCCCAAGGUGCUCGAAUACAACGUGCGCUUCGGCGACCCCGAGACCGAGGCGGUCCUCGAGCUGCUCGACGAGUCCAAGUCGAGCCUCGCCGACAUUGUGCUCGCGUGUGUCGAGCGUCGCCUCGACUCGGUCAAGCCCGUGGUGCGCAACCAGCACGCCGUCAGCAUCGUGCUCGCCAGCCAGGGCUACCCGGGCAAGUACCCGACGGGCGUACCCAUCACCAUCGGCGCCGUGCCCCAGAACGUCACCGUCUACCACGCAGGCACCAAGCUUGACGCCAGCGGCCAGCUUGUCACCGCCGGUGGCCGUGUCAUUGCCGUGUCGGCGUUCGGCAACACGCUCCAGGAGGCCGUCGAGCUUGCCUACCAGGGUGUGGAUGCCGUGCACUUCGAGGGCAAGACCUUCCGCCGCGACAUUGCGCACCGCGCGCUCAAGCCCGCCACCUCGAGCUCGGGCGGCCUGACGUACGCCGCUGCGGGUGUGGACAUCGAUGCGGGCAACGCGCUCGUCGAGGCGAUCAAGCCGCUGGCCAAGUCGACGCGCCGUGCCGGCUGCGAUGCGUCGCUCGGUGGCUUCGGCGGCACGUUUGACCUUAAGGCAAUCGGCAUGCGCGACCCCGUGCUCGUCUCGGGCACCGACGGCGUCGGCACCAAGCUGCGCGUCGCACUCGACAUGGGCAAGCACGACACCGUCGGCAUCGACCUCGUCGCCAUGUCCGUCAACGACCUGCUCGUCCAGGGCGCCGCGCCGCUCUACUUCCUCGACUACUUUGCGUGCUCCAAGCUCAGCGUGCCCGUCGCCUCGGCCGUCAUCUCGGGCAUCGCCGAGGGCUGUCGCCAGGCCAAGUGUGGUCUCAUCGGUGGUGAGACCGCCGAGAUGCCAGGCAUGUACAUUGGCGACGACUACGAUCUCGCCGGAUUUGCCGUGGGUGCCGUGGAGCGCGAGGCACUGCUGCCCGUGCUCGACCAGCUCAAGGCGGGCGAUGUGCUGAUUGGUCUGCACAGCUCUGGCGUGCACUCGAACGGAUUCUCGCUCGUCCGCAAGAUUGUCGCCCGCUCGGGUCUCGAGCUUUCCGCGCCCUGCCCCUGGUCGGCGGAGAAGGACGGCUCCAAGCCAGCGGCUACGCUGGGCGAGGCGCUGAUUGCACCCACGCGCAUCUACGUCGAGGCGCUCACGCCGCUGUUUGCCGAGGCCAAGGGUCUGUUGGCUCUGUCGCACAUCACCGGCGGUGGAUUCACGGAGAACAUUCCGCGCAUCCUCGCGCCCGGCGUGGGUGUCGAGAUCGACCUGGCAUCGUGGCAGCGUCCCGCACUCUUCGACUGGCUCCAAGCCACGGGCAAUGUCGAGCCCGAAGAGAUGGCCAGGACGUUCAACAACGGUAUCGGCAUGGUGCUCAUCGUCCAGCAGCAGGAGCAGCAGAGGAUCCUUGACCUGCUCAGCCAGGCAGGCGAGCGCCCCGUCGUCAUGGGCACCGUCGUCGACCGCGAAGGCGUCCACUACACAAACAUGAACGCCUGGUCGGCUUGA